GGACGGCUAUCCAGCUGCUGCUUCCGACGCAACAGGUCUCAUCUUUCUCCUUUCUUAAUCUCUUUUCUCAAACUUUCUUCUCUGAAUAAGUUCGCAAACCAUCGAUUUACUGACAUUAGGCUUAUCUUCCCUUUGUUGCUCGUUCAGUGAUUCAAUCGAUUGGUAGCAAUGGCCCCUCCAAAAGAUAGCAAGCCGAAGCCAGAUGCCAAGGCACAGGCAGUCAAAGCUGCUAAGGCAGUGAAGUCGGGCCCAACUUUCAAGAGGAAGGCCAAGAAGAUCAGGACCAAGGUCACAUUCCACCGCCCAAGGACACUGAAGAAGGAGAGAAACCCCAAGUACCCAAGGAUUAGUGCACCUCCCAGGAACAAGCUUGAUCACUACCAGAUUCUGAAGUUUCCUCUGACCACCGAGUCUGCCAUGAAGAAGAUUGAAGACAACAACACUCUGGUCUUCAUUGUUGAUAUCCGUGCUGACAAGAAGAAGAUCAAGGCUGCUGUCAAGAAGAUGUAUGAUAUCCAGGCCAAGAAAGUCAACACCCUCAUCAGGCCUGAUGGUACCAAGAAGGCAUAUGUGAGGUUGACCCCAGACUACGAUGCAUUGGAUGUGGCAAACAAGAUUGGCAUCAUAUAAGUUUGUUUCCUGGCCGUUUGGUUUCUAAGGGUUUUGCUUUAUAUCUUGUGUUAGAGUACAACAGUUUUGUUAUGAUGAUGCAAAACGAGAUUGGAGUUUGUAAGCCUUUGUUACUGGUUAUGGAUAAUCUAGGCUUCUACUGUUAUAAGUUCACUUGUUCCGAAUCUAGCCAUGGAUAAUCUCCCAUUAAGUCGCUCUCAAAUCUCAAUCACCUUUGUGUUACCUCCGAAUAUACACUGUUGUUUCACUAGUUUUAGAGUUAGUUCUGCUGCUA